CCCGUGGCUGGUUUUCUUCCGUCUGAUGCCUUGGCUGGACCAGACAUGGGCACCACCUGGAGGAACCCGGGGUCGGUGCGGCUUGGUCUCUGCCUCGCGGGCUUCGCGCUCUCGCUUUAUGCGGUGCACGUGGAGGCGGUGCGCUCCCGCGACAAAGAUUACCGCGCGCUCUGCGACGUGGGCACUGCCAUCAGCUGUUCGCGCGUCUUCUCCUCUCGGUGGGGCCGGGGCUUUGGACUGAUAGAGCCUGUGCUGGGAAUGGACAGCAUCUUCAACCAAUCCAACAGCAUAUUUGGUUGCAUGUUCUACACACUACAGCUGUUGUUAGGUUGCUUGAGGGGACGCUGGGCCUCUAUCCUACUGGUACUGAGUUCCUUGAUGUCCCUCGCUGGUUCUGUCUACUUGGCCUGGAUCCUGUUCUUUGUGCUCUAUGAUUUCUGCAUCGUUUGCAUUACUACCUAUGCCAUCAAUGUGGGCCUGACGUGGCUUAGCUUCCAGGAGGUGCCAGAACCCAAGGCCAAGAGGCACUGAGGGCCCUCACCCCAUGCAGGCUAACCUAAUCUGCUUUGCCGUGGCACUUGAGCCUUGCUCAAGAGUGCCAUGUUUGGGUCCCUAGAAGGCCCUACUUUCUUCCUCCAACCCCCCCUCCAUAGUCACGCACAGGACAGUGACCAAACAUGCCUCUAGUUUUGUUCCCAAGGGCUGCUUUCUGCCAGUGCCCAGAAAGGAGAGAUUCUGAACAAUAAAAUUUCUUAAGUUGGCUAA